GGAACAGGAGCCCCAACAUCAGUUCAGAGCAUGCGGUGUCCAGGAGGAAGCUACAACCGGCUUGAGAAUAUGCUGUUCCUCCCUCCCCUUUCUACCAUGGACCCCACACUGUGGCCCUUCUCUCAGAACCUCUGAGAUUGGUACCCAGGCAAGGCAAAAUGCCCCUGUCCCCGACAAGACUGCCUAGUCCCUAUGGCUCUGAUCGGCUGGUACGGCUAGCAGCCAGGCUCCGGCCAGCACUAUGUGAUACCCUGAUCACAGUGGGGAGCCAGGAGUUCCCUGCCCACAGCCUGGUGCUGGCAGGUGUGAGCCAGCAGCUGGGCCGCAGGGGCUGCUGGGCUCUGGGAAAAGGCAUCAGCCCUUCUACCUUUGCCCAACUUCUGCACUUUGUUUAUGGGGAGAGUCUAGAGCUGCAACCUGGGGAACUGGGGCCCCUUGAGGAGGCAGCCAGAGUGUUGGGGGUACAGUCCCUGGAAGAGGCGUGCAGGAGAGCUCAAAGGGACCCUGCCAAAGACGAGCUGGGUCCAAGGCUGAAGGAACAACAGAAGGAACCAGAACAACCCACAGGGGAUUCUCUGAGAGGAGUGGAGGGCUUUGGAGAGAACGAGAGAGCAGAGACGUUCUUUAGAGCUGGUGAGCAAGAACAGGAGACAUUGCACAGGCACAGGCGACCAAGAGAGAGCCCUGAGAUGGCAGAGACAACUCGGGAGGGUCAAAGGGAGCAGAUGAGACUAAAGGAGAAACUUAACCAAGCCCCCACUGGCCAUGGGAAGCAAGAAAUGAUCAUGCGGGUGAGCGAUGGUCCAGGGGGCUCUGAGGAAAAUCUGCGGGAGCUCCCUGGCCCCCUUCCCCCAUCAGGUCCCCUCCAAACUGGCAUCACCCCUAGGCCCUGGUGGGCUGAGGCCCCUUGGUUGGGGGAGGGCCCGCCUGCCCUGUGGAGCAUCCUGCUAUUGCCGCCCAGAUAUGGCACUCCCUUCUCCCAUAGCACCCCCAUCACUGGAGCCUGGCAGGAGGUCUGGCCUCAGGACCAGAGGAUCCCACUGUCCCUGAACCUCCACAAAGGCCUCUGGAGCCAGAACCAGUUGGCCUCCUCCAGCCCUACCCCAGGUUCCCUCCCCCAGGGCCCCACAGCACUCAGCCCUGGGGAAAUGGAGGAGGCUGAUCAGAGGCACACAGGUGAACUUGCAACCUGUGUGGGUCAUGUGGCCACAGCAGGCCACGCAUCUCCCCGACACCCUCCCCCACGCCCUCCCGCUCGGUCUCGGCCCUAUUCUUGUUCUGUCUGUGGGAAGAGGUUUUCACUCAAACAUCAGAUGGAGACGCACUACCGUGUUCACACAGGAGAGAAGCCCUUCUCCUGUAGCCUCUGUCCCCAGCGCUCCCGGGACUUCUCAGCCAUGACCAAGCACCUGCGGACGCACGGGGCUGCACCCUACCGCUGCCCUCUGUGCAAAGCCGGCUGCCCCAGCCUGGCCUCCAUGCAGGCACACAUGCGCGGCCACUCGCCCAGCCAGCUCCCACCAGGAUGGACCAUUCGCUCCACCUUCCUCUACUCCUCCUCCUCCAGACCCUCUUCCUCCACCUGACGGAUUGUCAGCAGCUUCUUUGGCUUCAGUUAAAUGUACAAUUAAAGAAUGUAAGACAGGACGGGUGGGCCAGCUGGGCGUCCGACCCCGCACCGCGGCUACGGCUGAGCCUAGCAAACUCAGCUCCAAGAAGCGCCGCAAGAGGGGCGCCGAGAGCUCUCUCCCCGUUGACUGCGGAUCGCAGAAGCCUGGGCCGGCGAACCUGUGUUGAGCGACGGCAGUGAAGUUUGCAUGAGUGAAAGUUAACUGUGCGGGGACUGGCGGUUUCAUCACCAAAAUAAAGAGUUUCUUGUGCCCCCUCCCAGGACCAUAAA